AUGGGUGACAUCGCAGCCUCGUCCACUGGCAGGAAGCGGUGUCGCACUGACGAAGUUGACACCGUCCGACUACCCCAGCGCUCGGACGAGUUCUGGUUCACAGACGGCAGCAUUGUUCUCAUUGCGGAGGGACGUGCUUUCCGUGUUCACCAAAGCAUUCUCGCGAAGAACUCGCAGGUUUUCACAGACUUGUUCUCGAUAUCUCAGCCCGUCGAGCAGAGGCAAUCCGAGACAAUUGAUGGCUGUCCCCUCGUCCACCUAUCCGACUCUGCGGACGACCUCCUACAUCUCCUGCGCGCUGUAUAUGAUGGCAGAAAUUAUCUCAGGCAUGACCGCAUUGCGUUCGCUCGCAUUGCCGCCCUCGUUCGCAUGAGCCACAAGUAUGAGAUUGAUGAUCUUCUAGAAGACGCGUUGGCUCGAAUCCGCACAUGUUUCCCUGACGAUUUCGAUGUCUGGGAAUCCGAGACCGGCGAGCAUGAUUCCAGCUCGGUCAUGACCUUCUCCCCCACGGAUGCCAUCACUGUGGUCAACUUGGGGCGUCUCACCAACACGUUAUCCUUACUCCCAGUGGCUCUCUACCGGUGUUGUCAGCUAAGACCGCAGGACUUGUUGAGUGGAAGUGGCGAAGGGGACCGUGUCGUCGAGCAGUUGACAACGGAUGAUCUUGCUAGAUGCAUAGGUGCCAGGGGCGUUCUCGUCCACGAAGCAAUCGCCAUGCUCCGCGACAUCGCCGCACCGGUGACCAGUGUUUAUUGCAGAACUCACUACAUCUGCCAGGAGGGUAUGGGUGAGAUUUUGAGUGCCAUGUAUGAUCACUGCAAGGACGAGUUGAGCAUACCCUCUGGUCGCAUACACCCCCUGCAGUCGUCGUCCGACGUUAUUUCCCAAGAAGCGUCCCUCUGUGAAGUUUGUGACAACUGCCAGCUUCUGCUCAAAUCCAGGGAUGUGGAGGCCCGUGAACGGUUGUGGAACAGACUGCCUGAUAUCGUGGGACUCCGGGAUGCUGUCCCGAACUGGGGAUCUACAUAA